AUGAUGAAUUCUGUGAUGAAUAUCAAAGAUGGUGAAUUCACCAGCACUAUAUAUGGUUUGAUAAAGGAUUUAAAAUACGGAGAGGCGAUACGAAUAUUACAAUAUCAAUAUGAAUUGAAUCAAAAGAAUCGUGCUGCAUUAUCGUUGUUAGCCUACUGUUAUUACCACACUCAAGACUUUUCCGCAGCCGCCGAUUUCUAUUCGCAACUUUCGCAUUUAUAUCCAAACUAUCAACAAUACAAAAUUUAUCACGCACAGUCACUUUACAAUGCUUUUCGUAUGCAAGACGCACUUGCAGUUGUAUCAACGAUUGAAGAUGAGGGAAUGCUGAACGAAUGUGUCAAACUUGAAGCCGCUAUUAAGUAUCGAGAGGAAGAUACUGUGAAUUGUAGAAUUCUUGUGGAACAAUUGCCCGAAGGAGAUGAAGAUGUCGACAUCAAUUUGGCGUGCAUUGAGUACAAAGAAGGAAAUUAUGAUGGAGCUCUCGAUAAGUUCAAAGAAGCAAGUUCUUAUUCGGGCUACAUGCCCGAAAUCGCAUAUGCGAUUGCUCUAUGCUAUUACAAAAAGCGGGACUAUCAGAACGCGCUGAAAUUUAUAAACGAGAUUAUUGAUCGAGGCGUUAAAGAUCAUCCAGAAUUCAAUGUCGGAAUGGUAACAGAAGGAAUUGAUGUCGUUUUGGUGCCAAAUUCGUUGACACUACAUGAAACAGCUCUGAUUGAAGCAUUUAAUUUGAAAUUUGCAAUAGAAUACCGCCUCAAGAAUAACAAAGCGGCACAAGAAUGCCUAACCGAUAUGCCUCCAAGAAACGAGCACGAUUUGGACCCAGUGACAUUGCACAAUCAAGCACUGAUAAGUGUGGAUGUCGGCGACGGAUUCGCAAAACUUCAAUUUCUACUCAGCCAGAAUCCGUUCCCGCCGGAGACAUUUGCAAAUCUUCUUUUUCUUUAUUGCAAGCACGAAUAUUACGACCUCGCAGCGGAUGUUCUCGCAGAAAACGCGCAUCUCACAUUCAAAUAUUUGACUCCGUAUCAAUACGAUUAUCUGGAUGCGAUGAUUAAUUUGCAAACGUCGCCGAAUGACGCAAUUGCAAAACUCGAAGUAAUGGAAAACGAGCAUUUGAAUGCAUUGCGCAAAGUCGCAAAAGAUGUCCAAAUGCGAAAAGACGCGAGAAACGAGGAUGAUGCGGAGAUGCGCCAGCUUAUCGAAGAAUAUGACGAAAAGCUCGAAUUGUAUCUUCCUGUUCUUAUGGCUCAUGCCAAAGUUUAUUGGGAUCGACGAAACUACACGGCUGUCGAGCGAUUGUUCCGCGGCUCGGUUGAUUAUUGUCGAGAGCACGACACGUGGAAGCUAAACGUAGCUCACACGAUUUUUAUGCAAGAACAAAAAUAUAAAGAAGCUGCGGGAUUUUACGAGCCGAUUGUUAAUAAAAACUAUGAUAAUAUAUUGGAUGUUUCUGCGAUUAUUCUCGCCAACUUAUGUGUUUGCUACAUUAUGACAAAUCAAAAUGAAGAAGCUGAAGAGUUGAUGCGAAAAGUUGAACGGGAGGAAGAAGAAGCUAGAGAGCAGAAUCCGAAUGAAAAAUAUUAUCAUAUCUCGAUUAUUAAUUUGGUAAUUGGAAGUUUGUAUUGCAGCAAGGGAAAUUUUGAAUUCGGUAUAACUAGGGUUAUCAAAGCAUUGGAACCACAAGAGAAGAAAUUGGGUGUCGACACUUGGUAUUACGCAAAAAGAUGUAUUGUUGCAACCAUUGAAACUAUGGCUAAACAUUUGCUGGUGAUUCGGGAUUCAGUUAUUCACGAACUUUUGGACUUUCUAACAAAAUGCGAAGCUCACGGACGUAACAUUUACACAUUCCCUGAAGAAUUAUUGGACGCAACAACUGAAUCAAAAGUAAAAAAGACUGUCACUUAUGAAGCAAGAAUGCUAAAAGCUGUUCUCUUGAUGGUUUUUGAUUCUUAA